GAGAGAGAGAGAGCAAGAAAUGGGGGAGUGGUGGGAGAGAGAAAGGAGGCGAAAAUCAGAGUGAAAGGCUCCACACGGCAGAAUAUAAAUCUGUAUGUUAACAGGACUAAAGCUCGGGGGUCUUGAGGUGGCUUUAGUGCUAAUGCUGCUCGGGGGGUGCUUAUAAAGCCUCAAGAGGUGGUCUUCUUUCUUAACUGUGGAUCUGUGCAAAAAAGGAAGUGGAACCCGUGGAAUCAGUGAACGCCGGUGUGUCAGGCACGGUGGUGGGCUGGUCGGAGGUCUCUGACCCCCUCAUUUUCAUUUCUUGGAAGAAAAGAGAAGCGCUAAGAGACACCAGAGAAAAAGGAAGGUGACAGCGAGGGACCAGUGAGCCAUUUCUCUCUUUAUUACUCUCAUUCAGAAAACCAUUGCCGCCUAUUAUCAAUGCGAUGUAGAGGCAUUCUCUCCGAUUGGAGGAGGAAGGGUCCCAUUGACUGCUGAGGCUUAGCGCCCCUCUUUAAACGCUAGUCCUUUUCAUCUCAUUCCCCCCUCUCAUUGCCUAUAUCCUUCUGUCUGCUGUUUUCUGUUCUCUUUCCUUGUCCCUUUCUUUUGACUCGACUCAGGAAUCAGGAGACAUUACGUUUUUGGUAGAAGUGGGUGUUUCUGUCAUUGUUAUUGGUGCCUCUGCAAAGGACAGCUGAGCGUGGAGAGUGAGAGACAGCUUUGGAGAUAAUAAAACGGCAAACUGAACGAAAAGGGGGGACCUGGCACUCCAGGAACAGCUGACAAACCAAUGGCAUGCGAGACUCGAUGAAAAGAAAAGUGUUACAGAGUCUGACAACCAUUUUAAGGUAGCUAUUUACUGAAAAUAUUUCUCCUUCUUGGAGAAAAAAAAAGAGACAGUGUGCCAAACAUCACUGCUGGUUACAUUUUGCUUUUCCUGUUGCUAAGCAAAGUCUCUAACCUGAAGUUCGUUGAGUACUGAGCAUCACUUUACAGCCAUGAAAGGAAGCUCAGAGGAAAGCAUUGAAAGUGUCAGGCCCUCGAACCUGCAAGCAUUUGCCAACAUAUCCACCCUACAUGGCAUGAGCCACAUAUUUGCCUACGGACACAUGACAUUCCGUCGAUUUCUUUGGACUAUUUCUUUCUUGGGCUCAUUAAGCUUACUGAUGCUGGUCUGCAUGGAUCGGGUGUCGUAUUACCUAGAGUAUCCUCACGUCACCAAAUUGGACGAAGUGGCAGCCACAAACCUCACCUUUCCUGCUGUUACCUUCUGCAACCUCAAUGAAUUUCGUUUCUCCAAAAUCACUAAAAAUGACCUUUAUCACGUUGGAGAGCUCCUGGCCCUCCUUAACAAUAAUCACCAGAUCGCCAACCCACACUUGGCUGAAGCUGAGGUUCUGGCUGUACUAAAGGAAAAGGCGAACUUCCAGAACUUCAAGCCCAAGCUCUUCAAUAUGACAGAUUUCUAUAACCGAACAGGGCAUGACAUCGGUGACAUGCUUCUGCAGUGCACCUUUCGGGGAGAGGAUUGCUUCGCUGUAAAUUUCACCACAAUUUACACUCGCUACGGGAAAUGCUACACCUUCAACUCAGGGUUAGAUGGCAACCCUCUGCUGACCACAUUGAAAGGAGGCACAGGGAAUGGCCUGGAAAUCAUGCUGGAUAUCCAGCAGGAUGAAUACCUGCCUGUUUGGGGAGAGACAGACGAGACAUCCUAUGAGGCCGGCAUAAAGGUGCAGCUUCAUUCUCAGUCAGAGCCUCCCUUCCUCCAUGAGCUGGGCUUUGGGGUCGCCCCCGGCUUCCAAACAUUCGUUUCCACUCAAGAGCAGAGGCUUCAGUACCUCCCACAACCUUGGGGAGACUGCAAGUCCACACCGAUAGACUCAGAAUUCUUCUCCACGUACAGCAUCACCGCAUGCCGCAUUGACUGUGAAACCCGGUACCUGCUGGAGAACUGCAACUGCAGAAUGGUUCACAUGCCCGGUACUUCAACAGUUUGCACACCAGAGCAAUAUAAAGACUGUGCUGACCCAGCUUUAGACUUUUUGGUAGAGAAAGACAACGAUUACUGUGUCUGUCAGACCCCCUGCAACAUGACUCGCUAUGGCAAGGAGCUGUCCAUGGUAAAGAUCCCCAGUAAGGCAUCUGCUAAAUAUCUGGCUAAGAAAUUCAACAAAACUGAGCAGUAUAUUGGAGAAAAUAUAUUGGUGUUGGACAUCUUCUUUGAAGCCCUAAACUAUGAGAAAAUUGAGCAGAAGAAGGCCUAUGAAAUUGCAGGGCUUCUCGGUGACAUUGGAGGUCAGAUGGGGCUUUUCAUUGGAGCCAGUGUUCUAACAAUACUGGAAAUAUUCGACUACCUAUACGAGGUGUUUAAGGAUAAGGUUCUGGGUUACUUUGUGCGCAAGAAACGGCCGCAGCGUUGUCAGAGCGACAAUCUGGAGUUUCCAGAGAACCCAACCAGCCCUGGUGUCACGCCUAAUCAUGCCCCCAGAGCACAUGUGACACCCUCCGGAGUCACUCGGACAGUCUCGGAUUCACGCCGAACAUGUUACCUCGUCACCCGACUUUAGGCAACUUUGAGGAAUUUGCUUGUUGAUGAAGCAACGCAGGGGCUGGGGGCACAUUUCGAGACUUGACGGCAAACUGUGAAAUAAUUUGUGCAUUCAACAGAUAAGCAUUAAGUGUAUGCUCAAAAGCAGUAUGACAGAAAUACAAUAUCAUCAUCAACACACACAAAAAGAGACCACUUCCAAAACAGAACUCAGGUUUAACACCCAUGUGAAGGGCAUCAAUGUUCAUUGUAUCCACGUUUCAUUUUGUACCUUUGGUUUUGUUGAACUGUCACUUUAAAUCAAACAAUCCGCACAGACAAAUCUGUCUAAAAAUGGGUCUACAAUCUAUGUUGAGUUUUGUAACAGCAUCAUGUCAGUUUUGCUGUGUAUCAAUGAAGAAAACAACUGGUAUGUGCAAAAGUGUUCAUUGUUUUCAGUACUAUAUCUCCCACCACUUAAACCAGAGUUGCAUUGAAUAACCACAUACUUUUAAGAGGUAACAGUUGGUUGAAAAAGCUUCUCAGACCUGAAUGAGAAUACAUGACUAAUGUUGCCUUUCGCUACAUUGAGACUAUGAAAUGUCUCUAAUUAGACAACUGUGCUUACUUGACUUUGCAAAAGAGCAGGAACUUCAAUAUUUGUAUAUUUGCUAAAGCAUUAUGUAUUAUUUUACAAUUGCUAUGCGACAUAUUGAACUGAAAUUUGAUUUAGUCAUUUUGUUAUUUUUGGUGAUGAAAAAGGCAUUUGAUUGUAUUUGAUUUGCUUACGAUAUAUUACAUUUAUUUUGGAUUUGUUUUGGGAGUUUUUGUUGCUUUUUUCCCCCCAUUUUGGUUUUACAUGGAUAAAUGGAUGCUAGCCACUUAUCAGUUCAAAUAACAUGUAUAUGAUAAUAUGUUUGAUCACAGAAUCUUAAAAGCACAUAUCUGUAAUUUAAUUCAUCCUAGUCAACAAGGACAUUUCAGCAGUGCAAAAUGCCAUUUUUUUCACAGUCAUCAUGUCCGAUACCUAAAAUAUCAUUCUUUGUCUGACUCACGCACCAAAUUUUUCAUUUGCCAAACUUAUUUACUCCUUUUCAUAUCUUUCCUCUGAAACAGAAGUCCUACCAGAACACAUGACCUAAUAAGUUAUGUUUCAGUUUUUAAUUGUGAGUCAGAAAAUUGUUCUGACACUAAGCAACAUGUGGUUCUAAUAUUUACUUAUACUGCAUUGGUAUUUGGAUCAAAUUAUUGUUUUCCUUUUCUAUAUGAACAUCUUGGACUGAAAUUUCCAUGUCCUACACACAGUCUGAGUGUCCUCAAAUGUUCAAAUCAUAUUUUGCCUUAGCUAAUUUUAAAAUUAGGUCGGGCUAACCUGCUGUAGCAGCCUUUCAAAGCUUUCGGCAUGCAGAUGUGAGUGAAUCUUCAUCAGUACAGACAAAUUGGAAAGCAUAGCACUAGAAAAAAAAGUGCUAAUAUUGAAUCAUCGCAAUGACAUUUGUGUAGCAUUUACAUACAUUUUGUAGCAGUACAGAAUAUGUGCCAAAUAUAUUGCUUCUCUGAAUUGUGACAGUCAUCCAAGAAAAAUAUAUGACAUCACUAAAAAAAGGCAGUGGCUGCCUGGCUUGGCUAGAGAUCAAGUUACUAUUGCUGCAGUGCCAGACAGGUAAAAAGGUGAUAAUGCAACUUUUGUUUUCUCAAAGUCACAUAUCGUCAUGCACCAGUGAAACAUAAUGCAGAUAUGCAAUAUUGUGAUGGAGGGUUUUAAAUAGCCCUGUACAUUUUGUACAAACAGCUUUAAAAAAGACUCUUUCAAAUUCCAUGUUUGAAAGCUGAAAAACUAUUCGGAGCAUAGGAGAGGUUUGAUUAGAUGUUACAGUGGCCUGCCAUAAUUUCUAGGGUGAGUUUCCUUUCUUCACUAUAAACGAAAUGUUCUGAUCACAGAUGAAUGUAAAUCAAUCCAACAAAUACAAAGUUCAAUUUUGGCACUGAAAUUCAGAAUAAGAGUAAGAUAGGAUUUGAAGUUUGAAUGAAAAUACUUUAUUUGCCAAAUCACAUAGGAAGUUGUUGAACACAUUACGAAUUUCUACUUUCAAGUUUUAUCACUAAUUUGUAAUGCCUUGCACAAUUUAUUAAUCUUUACAACAUUUGAUAGCUUUAAAACUUAAUUGUAUUUUAUUGGGAUUAUAUGUGAUAGACCAGCACAAUGUUCAUAUCUAGAGGUGAAAAGGCUAAAUAUUUUUUGACAUUUGGGUGCUGUAACAUCAGACACAAUAUCAGAUGAAUAGAAGAUGAAGAAUAUCGUAUAAAGAAUCUCAGAUGAAGAAAUUGAAAGAGAUAAAAUGGGAUAAUUGUAAAGAAAAUGUAAAGAUGUAUAUUUACCCUAUUAAGUCAGAGUUUCAGUUGUUCUACAAAGAAGAAUAGGAAGACAUUUUUAAUGUCAAGAUGGACAAACCCUUAAAGACCUGCAGCUGUAGUUGCAGUAUUGACUCAGGGUGGCUAAAUACAAAACCAAGACCCAUUCUUCAGAUUAAAUAAUUUUUGAAUGUAGACACAUUUAAAAACAAUGCAUCUUUUACUUUCACCUAAAACUUAUGGACUAAUUUUGUCUAUCAUUUAAAAUCACAAUGAAGUAACCCUGAAGUUUCAGACUCUAGUGUAAAAAUAUGUGGAAAAAGUGGGAUGAAGCACUGUAAUAUUUUGUCUGCUGCCAUAUUUGUCUGAAAACCUACCAAAACUAGCACUGUAAUGGAAAAAUAAGAGAAAAUAAAAUGGCAACAGGGACAACAAAAUUGACAACUUUCACUGUGAAUGAACAAGAAUGAUGCCAGAUGAUACCACAACUGAAUGCAAAAAUAGUGGAAGGGGGAUGUAUUCUAAACUUUUACUUAACUGAAAUUUGAAAACAAAGGCUUUACAUAUAUUUACCAAAAUGAAGUUUCAAUAGGUGAUAAAGAAACACUUAAUUCUGGGAGGUAGAGCUGGGUCUCUCCUAGCCGUAUCAGCUGACGUGAAAAUAUUACUUUGGUGAGGUGAUGAAAUUUACAUAGACCACUUUCAUCUCUGGGUGGGGGGGGGGGGAGAUUUCAAAAAAUGAAAAAUUAAUUAGAUUUGAAAAAAAACCGUUUGGCUUGCUGCUGCCCUUCUUAUUUAACCUGUUCUUCCAUCAUAGUGUCUUAAAGGUACUCAGCAGCACAAUCCCAGGUGAUAGUAAUGUAUACACUAAGAAGAGUUUAAAAAGACUGGUGACAUUCCUAAACUUGAUAGAAACUUGUAAAUACCUGCAGUCAAAUGCUACAAAAAAAAAAAAGUCACAGAUACUUAUGUAAACCAUUGCAUAUGAAUAUUUAUAAACUGAUAAACACACAUAGAUCUUCUUCUUUCUUUAUCCAUUAAUAGGAUUUGAAUUUCUGCGUCUCUUUUUGGGGAUUACACGCCGACUUAUUAAAUAAUUCGCCUCAAAGCAUCAUAACCAUGCUUCGCAGCACUACUCAGUUUGGUUGAUUUAUAAUAAAGAGCUACAUUGUACAAAUUGACCACUGUAUACAAACAUUAUUAUCCCAGAAAAUGUAAUAAGUCACAAAUAACAGUUUGUGAUGUAUAAAUGAUCUAGUAUAAUAAACUAUAUUUACCCAUCCAUGCUUAAGUACAUAACUUUUCUUAUCUUGGUGUCAGGCUUCUUCCUCUGUUUCACUGUUAUUUAAGUCCUUGUCUCUCAAAUAUCGGACCUGUAGGUACUGAACAAAAAGUCUCAAACCCACCAUUCUCUUUCUUUCACGUGAAAGGUUUUAGAUGUAACAGUUUCAUUUUAUGGUGUUCAAACAGCUGUAGGUUUAUUACUUUGUAGUUUGUGUAUUAGAUGACUGUUGAUGUGAAGCACAAACCCUUGGAAAUUAGCCAUCGCUUGAAAGCCAACGAUGGGAUGUCUGUGAUCCUGACAGCCUUGUGUGGCUCCAAUUUAAAAUGACACACACUGUUAAAUAUGAUGUGCCCUUGGCUCUGACAACAGGAACAGGAACGGAGCAGACUUUUUAAGAGAUUUUACAUUUUCAGGACAAAAAAAAAAAAAAGAAGAUAAAUGGAGUUGCAGUAAAAGCAAUAAAGGGGGAGAUGUGGUUGUUAUGAGAAUGGUGUAAAAAAAAAAAAAAAGGAGAGGGAUUCGAGCUACAUGAAUAUAGGUAAAUGUCAUUAAAUUAGAAUAUUUUUGGUGAAUUUAUUUCAGUAAUUCCAUCCAGAAAGGAAACAUAUUUCUAGCAGUCAUUGAUGAUAAUGACACAUUUCUUUUUAUAAUUCUGGUCUACAAUCACUAAAAAUCCAGUAUUAUUUACAUAAGUCUAAUAAAAAAAUGUUUAUUAUGAAAAUGAUAUAUCAUUAUCUACACAAUCAAAAAAUAUAAUUGCUGAAAAAGCUAGUUAUUCACAUAGUCUCGUACCUGAGAUUUAUAUUGGAAAGUUCAAUGAAAGGAAAUGUUUUGUGAGAAAUAGGUGCACAAACAACAGCGUUAAUAGGCUUGAGAUUAUAAAACAAAUUGUUCGGACAUUGCUGAACCAGAGACAAUGUCUAAAGCAUCGUACUUGAGCUUAAAAAAAGGACCUGAAUGUUACCCAAUGGUCCAAAGUGCUCUUUUUAGUUGGAAAUAUAUUUUGCAUUACAUUUAGCAAUCGAGCUCCCAGAGUCUGGAAGAUAAAGCACAGAAUCCAAGUUGCCUGACAUUUAAUUUGAAGUUAUGAUAGUCAGAGAUAAUUUGGGGAGUCAUGUCACGUACUAGUGUUGGUUCACUGCCUGUUUCAUAAGUUCAAAAUCAGCACAGCCAACUACCAAUACAUUUUAUAGUACUUUGAGUCUGUGUGCUUAAAAACUCUACCCUCUAGACUUGGCUCCAUCCCACACUACUUUAUUUACCAAUACCUGUUCAGUGAUCAGGUUAUCACGAUACUUGAUUCAUCAUCAAUCUGGAUUGCCCUAAGCCCCACAGAGAAUAAAGAUUACAGGAAAGAAGAGAAAGACAAUUUACCAAACUUAACCCAACAGACAAUUUGAAGGUCAAUAUGAAAAUGGUCUGCAUUCCUUAACACAUCAGUAGAGCAACGGUAACUCAGUGCCACGAUGCAUUGAAGCAGUAAUGCAAGCAAAAGAAGACCUGACCGAGUAUAAAAUACAGUACAUGGACAUGCUUUUCAGUGGGCUAACUUUUCUGUAUUAAAUAUUUUUUAUUGGUCUUAUGUCCUAAUUUUACAACAACAAAAACAUUGUUUUGUAUUUUUAUUAGCUGAAAGUCAAUCUUUAAAGUCAAAGGUAAAUGUUUAAAUAUAUUACAGUGGCUAUUAAUUUUAUAUACGAUACAGAAUUACUGAAAUUAAUUUAUCAGUUACAUUCUAAAUUAAUGACAUUAAUCUGCAUUGAGCAGCAGGAGUGGAUGUAAAAUAGAAAUCUUCCAAUUGUAACACAAAGGUAUGAAGGUGGCCAUUGUAUUAAAACCAUCACCAUCCAAACAUUUAACACAGAGGUGCCAAUUCUUGUUACACUAUGAUGCUGCUCUGAUGAUGCUGCAUUGCUCUGAUGGAUUUGGGUGGGAGUCGAGUUACUGGGAAAAACAAAAAAUAAUAAAUAAAUAAAAAAAACUGACUCAACUUUUCUGCAUACUCUGGAGAUCCUAGAUGAGGGCUUUGUUGGAAUGUCCCAGGUCUUUACCUCUAACCCCAACCCCUGCCUUAUUACAUGUAAAAGAACAGCAGAGUGUACCUGAGCUGGCAGAAAUCAUCAAUGAACUUCAUGAAGUUGAUAUUUACUGCAUAGCUAUAGUCAAAAUACAAGUAUUCUACACAAACAACUAUUUUAUGCUAAUAUUUUACAGCGAAUCACACAUUUUCUCCUUGCAUGAUCAUUAUGUAUUCCCAAUAUAUCAGAUCUAUCAAUGUAAUGAUAGCUAUGCUGUUCACUUUGUAUUGUUCAAGGUGUAUUUCUGGAGUCAGAUGAAUCAAAAAGGGUUUUCUCCACAUCUUUAUGAAAUGUAUUUGACAAUAACACACACAAACCUCAGUUAUUUAACAAAGGUUGUUUAAAUAUAUUGCAGCUUAAACUGAAGCUAAGGUGUGCCUUUAAGACAGAUUCUUACAGGUAAUAUCAUUUUACCCUACCCGACACACGCAUCCACAAAUAUCUGGAGACCCGGAGUUGUUUCAUCUGGCUCUACAUGCGCUAUGUGUAUUUUACUGUAGAUAUGUGAUUUUAACUCUGUACAUUAAAUAGUUAUUACACA